AUGUCAGUGGCUUCAAUAGUCGCAUUCUGGGACAUAGACCAAUGUAUGCUUGGUGAUCACAAUGCAUGUGUGGUGACGCAGAGAAUCAAAAAGGCCCUUUUUGAUGCUGGUCAUCGUGGUAAGGUCACAAUCAUGGCAUAUGGUGAUGAGAAAGAUCAUGACUUUCUCUCGGCUGGAGUUACCUUCACUCACUUUCCAGCAGGAGAUGACGUUGCGCGGCACACCAAGAUGCUCGAAGACAUUCGUUCCUGGUCAUGUAAUAAUCCCAAUCCAUCAAACCUGUUCCUAAUCAUGGGAGACCCCUCAAUUGAGGACUUCCUCCCCUAUAUUCAAACUCUGAAGAGUUCUAGACACUACAAGAUUCACUAUGUACAUCCAUGUCAAGUUCAGGAAAACAGUACUCCUUGCUUGAAUAAAUUGAAUUAA